AUGCCCGCCCCCCCCCUCUCCCCACACCCCAGGCUAAUUCCAGGCCUGUAUGACCUUGGCCGCACUGUCCUCUGCCUUGACUUCAUGAUCUUCACGCUGCGGUUGCUGCACAUUUUCACUGUCAACAAACAGCUGGGGCCCAAGAUCGUCAUCGUGAACAAGAUGAUGAAGGAUGUGUUCUUCUUCCUCUUCUUCCUCGGUGUGUGGCUGGUUGCCUACGGUGUGGCCACGGAGGGGCUUCUAAGGCCGCAGGACCGUGAGCUCCCUAAGAUCCUGCGGAGAGUCUUCUACCGGCCUUACCUCCAGAUCUUCGGGCAGAUCCCCCAGGAGGAGAUGGAUGUGGCCCUCAUGGAUCACGUCAACUGCUCCUUGGAGCAGGGCUUCUGGGCGCACCCGACGGACACCCGCAUGGGCUCCUGUGUCUCCGUGUAUGCCAACUGGCUGGUGCUGGUGCUCCUCAUCGUCUUCCUGCUGGUGGCCAACAUCCUGCUGCUCAAUCUGCUCAUCGCUAUGUUCAGCUACACCUUCGGCAAAGUGCAGGGCAACAGCGAUCUCUACUGGAAGGCCCAGCGCUACAGCCUCAUCCGAGAAUUCCACUCGCGGCCCGCGCUGGCCCCGCCCCUCAUCGUGAUCUCCCACGUGCGCCUCCUCGUCCGGCGGUUGCGCAGGCGCAGUGCUCAGCAGCCCAACUCCCCGCACGUGGCACACUUCCGGGUCCACCUGUCGAAAGAAGCAGAGCGGCGGCUGCUGACGUGGGAAUCGGUGCAGAAGGAGAAUUUCUUGCUGGCGCGCGCGCGGGACAAGCGGGAGAGCGACUCUGAGCGGCUGAAGCGCACGUCGCAGAAGGUGGACACCGCGUUGAAGCAGCUGGGACAGAUCCGCCAGUUCGAGCAGCGUCUGAAAGGCCUGGAGCGGGAGGUCCAGCACUGCAGUCGAGUCCUGGCAUGGAUGGCUGAGGCUCUGAGCCGCUCUCCGUUGCUGCCUCCUGGGGGCCCAGCGCCCCCAUCCCCGCCUGCAUUCAGGGACUGAGUCGGCUGGCUGACUUCAAGGAGUAACCUCACCAGGGAGUAUUGUUCCCAGCAAAACCAUCCAGCCGGACCUUACUCCCUGCACCUGGCCUUGUCCUUGAGGUGGGCCCAAAGCCCACGGACUACCUCUGGGCAUCCCUAGGCUACUAAAUGCAAUACACUGGGCCCUGCUCCUGGGAGAACCUGCCUCGCUGUGGAAGAUCAGCCGCUGGUGCCCGGUGUGGGCUCGGACAUAGCUGGGUGGAGGGUCCAGGGAGAUCCUACUCAUUUGC